CGGAGUACAAAAUAUGGCUGUCUAACAGGUGUCAGAGACAGCUAGUCUGUUAGAAGAAGAGAAAACAUCUGUUUAUUUGAACAUAAAGUAUUGCAUUUUACAACAUGGCUGAGAGUUGCCCUGAAGAGUCCAAUGGGGAAGAUAACUCCGCUCUGCUUGAUCAGUACAUUGACUGUGCAAAGAAAUUCAUAGACCUCGUGAAGGAUCUUGGCCACAUCAAGGGAGCUAGCAAGCUGCAACGCAUGUGUAAAUCAGAACUGAAGUACUUACAAACACUGAGAAAUAGUCCUGCUACGGAGGUGUGUGGGAACCACUUUAAGAGCAGUAACCUCGGUCACUUCGCUGGCUGUGUCCACGCAGCUUACAAUGCCCCGGGGGUGGUGCAGAUCCUAUCCCCCUUCUCCAUGGAAGGCCGGACAGAGAAUCUCGUGGUGGAUGUGGUUGCCAAUCAAGGUCAUACUUGGGUCAAGGUCAUUGCCAGAAAAGCACAGGCUUUACACCUUAUUUGGGCAGGAAGAGGACAGUUUGGGGAGCGAGAUCUAGUCAGACAGGCCAAGGAUUAUAUCCGCUGUUCCAGUUACCACCCUGUUAACUUCCAGAAACCUCACGUCCAUUUUGCCUUUUACAAUCAGGUAACACAUCCAAUGGCUUCCUGUCUGGAGGGCUUAGGAAUCUCUGUGUCCGGUGAGAGAGUUGAGGUUGAUGAGGCAACAGCCAACCAGAUCAGUCUGGCGUGUAUCUCCUCGGACGAAGACAGCCAAGGCUCCUCAUCCUCAUCAGAAUCUGAUGAUGAUAGCUUAGAGGAAGACUGUGAAAGUGUCCAUUGUGAAGUUUUUCAACCUAAGAAACAGCCCUCAGUCAAACAUUCUGGUGGUCUAUCCAGUGAUAAAGAACCUCCAUCUACCUCUUUACAGUCAAAGAAGGACUUUAUAUUCAGGGACAUGGAUUUAGUAAAAUCUUUGGUCUCCUCCAUGCCUAGCUUUGAUUGUUUGUCUGAGGACCUCUGUAAAGAUGAUUGCUCCUCAUCCUCGUCUGUGAUAGACAAAGUGAACCUGGACAUCACCUCUCUAAUCACCCUUGUGUCCUCGGUAACUAACGGGGGCUGCCAUUUUGAUUUCUCAGAAAAGGUUCUGGCAAUGCAAGCAUCAGAGGAAAGGCGAGAACCAGUUCUACCAAAGCUGAAAAAGUUUCUUCAAGGAAAAAAGAUGUAUGUGUGUCAGACUGCUCUAGAUGACUUUCGGUCCAUUCUGGACACCUUAGGAGGCCCAGGGGAGAAGAAGCGGGCGGAAGAUCUUCUGUCUAGGGUGACAAUAGUGGAAGAUGACCCCUCGGACAGGACCAAGGACAUGCCAUACUCUCUGAAGAUAAGGGACAGGUCAAAGGUGAUAUUUGGGACAGGAGACAAACUGCAGGCAGUGACAGUGACGGCUAACUCCAGCUUUGUGAGGGCAGCACAGCAUCAGGGGGUUUCAUUUGCUGUGCAUCUGCAUCCAUCAAGGGCACUAACUGAGGAGAAAGAGAAGAAUGCUAUUCCCUUGACACAUGAUAACUAAAUUGUUAUUUUUUUCUUUGUAAAUAUAACAACUUGUUAUAGAAUGAUUAAAUACGAAUAGAAGAAUA